AUGGAAAUAAACCUAAGCAAUGCAUCAACAUCAAUAUCGCCGGUAGAUAAACCGUUGCCUCCACCACCACCACCACCACCACCACCACUAUCACCAUCAUCUUCACCUCCACCAUCGGUAUCACAUCUACCACCCCUAGGCUUCAUCUCAGUAGAUGUCCACUUCCCCCGACCACCAGGCGACCCGUUCAACGAACAGACAUGGCCCUUCCCCCUCGUCCGUGAACAAGCGCAAGGCUCCCAGCUCCACCAGAUCGUCACGAAGGACGGCUACACGGCAGACUUCGUCGACCGCUUCGUCGAAGCCGGUCAACGCCUCAUAGCCCGCGGCUGCGUGGGCAUCAUCACCAGCUGCGGCUUCCUCGCCAUGGCCCAGCCCGAGCUGGCGAAACGUCUCUCCGUCCCCGUCGCGACGUCAGCCCUGAUCCAGAUCCCAUCAGUUCACGCGUUAUUACCGCCCACGCAGUCCGUGGGGAUCAUCACGUUCGACGCAUCGAAACUGGGCGCGCUGCAUCUUUCACAGCUGCUUAUUGGAGACGUCGAUCGUCUGCACAUCAUCGGCGUCCCUGAAGAUGGCGAAUUGGGACGCAUGGUUCGUGACGGCGCCGCGUAUGUCCAUGAACGUAUCGAGGAGGAGUUGAUCCAGUGUGCCCGUGACCUGGUGGAGAGGUAUCCCGACAUAGGGGCCCUCGUGCUCGAAUGUACUCAGAUGCCGCCUUUUGCUCGGGCUAUCCAGGAAGCGGUUCACUUGCCUGUUUAUGAUGUGUAUACUAUGGGCAUGUGGUUUUAUUCGGGUCUGGUACGACGGACACCGCAUGCUUGGAGUGUGACGAAUCAGUCGUGA